AUGGCCCAAUCUAUUCCUCCAGGAGACAUCACCACCCAGCCCGGCACCAAGGUCGUCUUCAAUGCCCCGUACGACGACAAGCACACCUACCACAUCAAGGUGAGAGUUGGGGAUGAGGCUGAGGGUGCUGUAGAGGGGUUUUUGAGAUUUUUGAGAAGUUUGAAGAGCUUUUGGCAUCAUUUAGCAGGUUGGAGUGAGAUAGAAGGGUUUUUGGUGCAGUACCGGAAUUUUUGGGAGUUACGAUACCUUUUGAUACUUUUUGAUACAUUUGGAUACCUUUUGGCACUUUCUCACACCUUUGGUAUCUUUUUGGUUUGCGGUACUGUACAGACAAUUUUGGAACUUUUGACAACCUUUGUCAUUUUUAUGAGGCCUUUUGAUACCUUUUUGUGACCUUUUGAGACCUUUUGAUGCUUUUUGCGACCUUUUGAUACUUUUGGAUACGUUUUGAAACUGUUGUUUUUUGAGGCUUUUUGAUACCUUUUGAUACUUUUUGAGACCCUUAGAUUUUUUUGGAUAACUUUCGAUACCUUUGAGUCCUUUUAAUACCCUUUGAUACCUCUUUGAUACUUUUUGAUACCUUUCGAUAACCUUUGAUAAAACUUGAUAAAAACCCGUUAAAUUUGAAUAUAAACCCUCUCCCUUUCCAGGUCAUCAACGCCGGUGGUCGCCGUAUCGGAUGGGCCUUCAAGACCACCAACAUGAAGCGUCUCGGCGUCGACCCUCCAUGCGGAGUCCUCGACCCCAAGGAGUCCGUCUUGGUUGCCGUCUCCUGCGACGCCUUCAGCUACGGCCAGGAGGACACCAACAACGACCGUAUCACCAUCGAAUGGACCAACACCCCCGAUGGAGCCGCCAAGCAGUUCCGCCGCGAGUGGUUCCAGGGCGACGGUAUGGUCCGCAGAAAGAACCUCCCCAUCGAGUACAACCCUUGA